AUGGACCUCCCUUUCUCGCAACGUCCGGUGGUCAUCCUGGGUGCCGGCAUCAUUGGCUGUGCCACGGCCCGACAACUCCUUCAAAAGGGCUUCCCCGUCGUGCUGGUCGCUGAAUAUCUCCCCGGAGAUCAGAGCAUUCACUAUGCAUCGGCCUGGGCGGGUGCUGCGUGGCAUGCCGCUGGCGGCAUCACGCCAGAUCAACGAUAUCUGCAAGCCGUCACCCAUCGGAUCCUCUUGAAGAUGGCAGAGGACCCCAACUCGGGCGUGAGCAUUGUUGAUGCCCGCGAGUAUCUGGAAGAGCAGCCAUCCCCGGACUCGGCGAUCUGGGGACGAACGGUGGUCUCCAAAUUUCGGGAGAUGACCCCAGGAGAGUAUCCCUCUACCUUCCAAUGUGCCUGGUCCUAUGAAACGCUGGUCACGGAUCCCACUCGACAUCUGCCUUACUUGAAGCAGCAAGUUACCUCCCUCGGGGGUCGCUUCAUUCGCCACCGCGUCGAGUCGCUGCAGGAAUUAUAUACCAUGUUCCCCGACUCGGGCAUCUUCAUCAAUGCCAGUGGCAUCGGCAGCAAGACCCUCACCGACGUCCAAGACGACCAGUGUUUCCCCGAACGAGGACAGAAUGUGUUCUUGGCCACGGAGCAAUGCCACACGCUCUACUUCCGCAAUGGCACGGAAUAUACCUAUGUGAUCCCUCGACCGCAGUCCCAAGGGGUGGUGUUAGGGGGCGUGAAGCAGCAAGAUGACCUGUCUCCCGAAGUCGAUCUGGACAUUGCCCGCGAUGAAAUUGCUCGCGCCCAUAUCUUAGCCCCGACGAUUGUCCCGCAACAUCCAGCUCCGGAGAGGAUCAGCCAUCUCAUUGGCAUUCGGCCGUCCCGCAAAGGAGGGUUCCGCCUGGACUCGGAGCGCAAAGACCAUCGGGUGGUGGUGUCGGCGUACGGGUUUGGCGGCGGCGGCUAUGCGUUCUCGUAUGGCAUUGCAGAAGCGGUGGUGACGAUGGUGGAAAAGGCCGAGCGCGACAAUGUGAUCUGA